AUGCCGCUGAUCAAGCGCGCCAUUUGGCUUAUAUCCGUGCCUAUUAUCUUUCUGCUAGUAUUGCUCGCGCUACGGCUGUCCGUGUUGAAUACUUACCUUGAUGUUGAAGAUUUGUGCUACCGUUGGUUCCCUUUUAUCUCAUGGCAAGUCAUCCUCCCAUCAUGGGCUCGUGUAGCGGUUGUUCUAGGGGGCACGGAGACACCAGCUGUGACUCUUCGCCAAGGCACUGUAGUUGGGAAGGUUCUCAGAGACAAUCUACCAAAGCCCGUUGAGGCGUUUCUUGGAAUCCCAUAUGCGCUGCCACCGACGAACGAAAGGAGAUUCACUCCUCCAGUGCCCGUCCAUGCGUCUAAUGAUGCAAUCGAUGCCACAAGUUAUGGCAAAAGACUUGGUGCAUUUGGCUUCCUAUCAUCGAAAGUUGCAGCCAAGGGAAAUGCACUUAACGUAGGUCUACGCGACCAAAACCUCUUAUUGAGAUGGGUGCAUGAAAACAUUGAAGCUUUCGGUGGCAAUCCAGACGACGUCGCCCUGUUUGGACUAUCAGCUGGAGCACAUUCAGAAGGAAUGCCGUCACUUUUUCGCCGAGUCAUUAUGGAAUCUGGAGCAGCAACGUCUCGUGCCGUUUACCCCUAUAACCACAGUCUCCACGAGCUUCAAUUUAAAGAAUUUCUCGUUGAGGCUGGCUGCUCUGGUUUGGAGGAAGAUGGAAUCAUGCCGUGCCUACGAAGCAAACCGGCACUAACCAUUGCUUUGGCCUCAUCCAAGAUCUUCUCCCGCUACGAGUCUUCAGAUCGCUGGGCGUUCCAGCCAGUCAUCGACGGCGAUAUCAUCAAACAAGCUCCUAUCCAAGCCUGGAAAGCUGGUAACUGGAACAAAGUCUCAAUCCUCACCGGGUUCAACACGAAUGAAGGUACCUCCUUUGUUCCCUCAGAGAUGUCCGAGUCAGAGGAAUUCAUCAACUUUUUCCGCUUGCUCAUUCCAGCCAUGCCCGAAAAGGACCUCGAGAAGCUUGACCAGUUAUACCCAGAUCCGCUAAAGUACCCAUCCUCUCCCUAUGUGGAGACCCGAAACAUAAGAGUAGGCGCUCAGUUCAAGCGUGUCGAGGCCGCUUACGGUAAUUUCGCUUAUAUAUGCCCUGUUCGGCAAACUGUCCACCACGCAUCGGCGGGACAGCAAGCGCCAGUAUAUUUGUACCACUGGGCUCUAAAUAAAACCGUGAAGGGUGGUGCAAGCCAUGCGGACCAGACCGAAUACGAAACGUAUAGCCGCGGCGUGCGGCAGAUUUCCGCUGCCCAGAAAGAAAUUGCUGGGACACUGCAUGCAUAUUUCACGUCCUUUCUUACUACUGGUGAUCCUAAUGAUGUCCCCGGAAGAUUUCCGGAUAGACCUGAGUGGAAGUCGUUUGGUGGUAGGUGGUCGAAGAAAAAUAGGACUCUUAUGCUAUUUGGUGAAGGGAAUGAUGAGCGGGCCGGAGGCGGUGGGAUUGGGAUUCCAGCACAAAUAGCAAAUGAUGUGUGGAGUCAGGAUGAGUGCGAGUUUUGGUCGAAUAGGAGUAUUUUGACGGAAUCUUGA